AUGCAGACUGCAACUGCCUACCAGCCCUCGACACUGCAGCCUCCUCCGCCGCCACCACGAACCUUUGGCGUUCCGGACACAUCGAUAGCGGGCGGCGCAUCCGAGGUCAAAUCUUGGACAGCGUCGCGGCUGGCCCCAGAACAACAGAGCCAGACACAGACGCAAGAGCGACCAAAUGCCAGCAUACCGGAAGGCGAAGCACAAAAGACACAGGCCGCGCCGAUCAAGCCAGCUCGGCCACGGCGAUACAACUUUGGGCCGAGAAAGGCGACGAUCAAGAUCUCACAAUCUGCCGUCCAACACCUAAGAGAUCUACUCAAUCAGCCAGAACCGAAGCUCAUUCGGAUCGGAACAAGGGCAAAGGGCUGCUCUGGGCUGGCUUAUCAUUUGGAGUACGUGGACAAGCCAUCGAAGCUGGACGAGCAAGUGGAGCAGGAUGGCGUAAGGGUUCUGAUCGACAACAAGGCGCUCUUGAACAUCAUUGGAAGCGAGAUGGACUGGCUGGAUGACAAGCUGAACCAGCGUUUCAUUUUCAAGAACCCAAACAUAACGGAGCAAUGUGGCUGCGGAGAGUCGUUCAGUGUGUCGUGA